AUGGCCACACGACGCGUUGUUGGCGAGAAGAAUGGGGUCGAUGAGGGACGGGGUGGUGGUGGUGUUGGUGGUCAGAUGGAGGGGUCGGAUACGACGCCGGCGGUGCCUAUGUCUGUGGUUUGGAAACUCAUGUCUUUUACAUUUGCAAUGAUUUGUCUACCUAUUGGGACGUAUUUCUUCACAGCGGCAUACGUGUUUAAAGGCAACGCAACCUACGCGGGGGGACUGGCAGCGCUCAUGGCCAAUGUGGUGCUGAUUGCAUAUGUGGUCAUGGCGUUUAGGGAUGAUCAGGAGGAGAGGAGGUUGGAUGAUGAGGCGGCGAAGAAGAAGAUGUGA